CAUGGAGGACCAAUUAUAUUGAUUGUUUCGUGUGGUUCCUACAUUUUGGCUUGAAUGUGUUCACUUCUGACAUAGGGACGCCGCUAUGAAGACCAUUUGUGACUGGGAAGCGGAGGGAGGUGAAUGCAGCACCGAUGUCACUUCCUGGGUAUCAGCCUGUCCAGGGGGAUUCUGGAAGGUCUUGAAGAAGAGGACUAGUGAGAGGGGUGCAGGGGAUCAGACCCCAAAAAUGGGCUCGCUCUGCAGAGUCAGGGUGUGGGAGAAAGCGGAGGAGAGCACUCUGGGACAGAGUUUGCCUCGUGCAGAGGCGGAUGGCGAGCCCACCGAUGGCGUCCACAGCCACGUCUCCACGCCAGCCACACAGGCCACACCGCUCCCGCGCUCUCCCGCCACGGUGCUGCAGGUGCCCCUGGACACCUGGGUCCUCCUGCGAUUGGGAGAGGGCCAGUGUGAUGUCAUCGAAGGAUGCUUGGAGGGGAUGAAGGCAGGAGAGAUGUGUGAGCUGCUGGUUUCUGCUCUGAAUGCGGACUCCAGACCCGGGCCUGGAACAGGCCAGGCGAGCGGCAUGUGUGCACAGGGAGAGGGGAAUGUGGAGCAGCACCCUGGGGCAGGGCGGCUCUCUGCCGACCCCCUUCAUUUCUUGGUGGAACUUGAAUCUUUUACCUCUGGCCAGGAAUGCUGGGAAAUGAGCGCUAGUGAGAAAUGGGAGUGGGUGAAGGAGCAUAGGGAGAGGGGAGGACGGAGGUUUCGGGAGGGAGACCUGUGGGGGGCAGCAGAUUGCUACAGCCGAGCCCUCAGACUGUUCAUCACCCUGAAAGGAGAGAAGAGCGGAGGAGAGAUGGAUGGGAAGAAAGGUGGUGGAGAGGUGGAAGGGGAGGAGAAGAAGAAUGUUCCGGAAGGUGGGGUAGAGAGAGGGAGUGGAGGGGAUGGGGAAAGUGUCGAGGGGCAGGGGGGAGGAGAGGGGGUGCAGCGGGACCCUGCGACGCAGGAAAAGAUCCCUUUGGAUGACGAGUACAGCGUGGUCCGGGCGGGGCUGCAUUCCAACCUGGCACUGUGCCAGCUGAAACUGGGCGAGCCAGCCAGGGCCCAGCGCAGCAGCAGCAGGGCCACUGAGCUGGACCCAGCCGGUACCAAGGCCUGGUACCGGCUCGGCCAGGCCUGUUCCCAGGUUGGGGAGCUGGGGAUGGCUCGCACUGCCUUCAGGAAGGUUCUGGAACUCCAGCCAGGCUCUCCGUCAGCCCUGAAGGCACUGAGGGAGAUGGGGGUACAGGAGAAAGAGCAGGACACUAAACUGGGCCACAGGCUCAGUAAGAUGUUCAGCUAG